AUGCCUAAUACAGGACCAGUAAGCCCAGAAGGUAACAUUGUUCCAUUGCUUACUGUAGAACGAAUAGUAACACAAACGACUGAGAAGACUAAGAAGUUGGACCAAAUCCCCUCUCAAAGGGCUAUUGCUAGCUCGAACAAACCAAUUGCAGAUGAAGAGCAACAGGAGGAGAUGACAGAUGAAACCAAAAAAUGGCAGAAGACAAUCAUACUGUAUGUCAUUGGCACCUUCCCAUCAAUUGGUACUAUGGAAAGGUUCAUAGCUUCCCAAUGGAACUUUGCUGCUAAACCAAAAGUUUACUAUCACAAUGGGCGAUAUUUUGUCAUUCUAUUCAAUACCAUGGAGGAUAAAAAUGAAGUAAUGUACUCAGGGCCACACACUUUAGGUAACAAGCCAAUUAUCCUCAAAUCGUGGUCUGUUGAUUUCAAUUUCUAUGAUGAGGUACUGAAGACCAUACCACUGUGGGUGAGUUUUCCAAACCUACCUUUGAAUUGUUGGGGUAAUAUUACUUUGAGCAGAAUUGCUAGUGGUUUGGGCUGCCCUAUAUAUGCUGAUGAAUGUACAUCUAGUACAGUUAGAAUCUCUUAUGUUAGGGUUCUAAUUGAAAUGGAUAUUUCAAAAGAAUUUCCAAAAUGCAUUAUAGUGCAAGAUCUAUCGAGGAAAGAAUUUGAGCAGGUGGUAGAGUAUGAUUGGGUGCCACAAUACUGCCAUGAAUAUCUUAUGGUUGGGCAUGAUUGUGCUGUCACACAAGAAAUUGCUGAACCACAUAUAGAAAGGCAGAGGGAUGGACAACAAAAACAAAAGUUUGUAGUACUAAAUCAACAAGACAAAACUUAUAAGACUAGAGGCAAUAUGCAGCAAGCAAAGGCUCAAAAGCCAACAGUUCAAUGGGUAGCAAGAGGACAAUUCAAAUAG